AUGGACUGGAAACCUGCGGUGAUGAUGAUGGCAGUGGUGAUCAUGUACGCGGUGUUGAAUGUGAUGACGAAGAUAGCUUUCAAUGAAGGGAUGCACACCACCGUGUUCAUCGUCCUCCGCCUGCUCAUCGCCGCGCUCUUCCUCUCCCCGGUCGCAUACUUCAGAGAGAGGAAGAGUAGACCUAAGCUGACCAUCGAGAUCUUCGUCUACCUCUUCUUGAGUGCCUUGCUAGGUGUUGACCUGAUUGGUGCACCAGCAAAACACCUAGCCACCACUGCCGCCCAUAGCGGGGCACCGAGGUGGGUGGUGGGCUUAGUAGCACUGUUGGGCUUCUCAACAAGCUGGCCAAUGUGGUUCAUCCUACAGUCCAAGAUUGGGACAAAGUACCCGGCACUCUACUCCAGCACGGCGUGGAUGUUCCUCCUUAGCUUUGCCCAGAUGGCUGUCGUAGGUGCCGCAACCGAGAAGAUGACCUUGCAGGUAUGGGUCCCAGGCACGGUGCUCCAGGCCGUCACCGUACUCUUCGCGGGUGUCGGAGUGUUGGCGCUGGGGCUCCUGGCCAUGACAUGGUGCGUGGAGCGGCGAGGGCCUGUGUUCACCACAGCCUUCAUGCCGCUAAUUCAGAUCAUCACAGCUGGGAUCGACGUCGCCAUCCUCCAUGAGCAGCUCCACCUUGGUAGCGUGGGGAAAGAGCAACGAGGAAAGCACCAUAUUAGACUGCUCCAUUGA